AUGGCCACUUUCUCAAGUUCAAAGCUAAAUAAAGCUGUGAAGCAGAUGUACAUGGACCUUUCACAGGGAGACAAAGUGCAAACCAUGUACAUCUGGAUUGAUGGGACCAGAGAGGGACUCCGCUGCAAAACCAGGACUCUGGACUCUGAACCCAAGACUGUUGAAGAUCUCCCAGAAUGGAAUUUUGAUGGCUCCAGUACAUACCAGGCUGAGGGCUCGAACAGUGACAUGUACCUCAUACCAAAAGCCAUGUUUAGAGACCCUUUCAGGAAGGACCCCAACAAGCUGGUUCUUUGUGAGGUUCUGAAAUACAAUAGGAAACCUGCAGGUAUACAUUUUGAAACCAACCUUCGUCAGAUGUGUGAAAAAAUCAUGAGCAUGGUGGAGGACCAGUAUCCAUGGUUUGGAAUGGAGCAAGAGUACACACUAUUUGACUCAGACGGUAUUCCUUUUGGUUGGCCCUCAAAUGGUUUCCCAGGACCACAAGGUCCUUAUUACUGUGGUGUGGGAGCAGAUAAGGCCUAUGGCAGAGACAUCAUCGAGGCCCAUUAUAAAGCCUGCCUGUAUGCUGGUGUUAUGAUUUGUGGUACCAAUGCAGAAGUUAUGCCUGCACAGUGGGAAUUCCAAGUGGGUCCAUGUGAAGGUAUCAGCAUGGGAGACCACCUGUGGAUAGCUCGUUUUAUCCUGCAUCGGGUGUGUGAAGACUUCGGUGUUGUGGCCUCCUUUGAUCCCAAACCCAUCCCAGGCAACUGGAAUGGUGCUGGCUGCCAUACCAACUUCAGCACUAAGAACAUGCGAGAAGAAGGAGGCAUCAGGCACAUUGAGGAGGCUAUUGAGCGGCUGAGUAAGAGGCAUCACUACCACAUUCGUGUCUACGACCCUAAAGGGGGGCUUGACAAUGCCAGACGUCUUACUGGUCGCCAUGAGACAUCCAACAUCAACAAAUUCUCAGCUGGUGUGGCUACCCGUGAUGCCAGUAUCCGUAUCCCACGAGCUGUGGGCCAGGAGAAGCGAGGCUAUUUUGAAGAUCGCCGUCCCUCUGCUAACUGCGACCCAUACGCUGUGACGGAAGCGCUCAUUCGCACCUGCCUACUUAAUGAGGAGGGGGAAGAGCCCACAGAGUACAAAUGAACUGAA